AUGCCUAUAGGUGUCUCGCUCCUCCGGCAUGCCCUCAAACUCCAUUCCAGAGCCAUACAAGAGACUACCAGUCUCGAGGUAAGGGGAAAUAUCACACUAGAUGUAUCCCCGUUGCCAGACGACUUCCGGAAGGGAACCAUCAUGGUGGUGGUGGCAUCAUUAGUCGCUGUCGUUGCGGUUCUAGGGUUAUUGGGCCUCCUCACACAUCGGCUUCUAUUCUGGCAUAAACAUGACGGGUCCUAUCUUGGGCAUAAUCAGUUUGUUGUUCUCAUCUACAACCUGCUGCUGGCGGAUCUCCAUGUUGCCCUUGGGUUUCUCAUUUCAGCCCAUUGGAUACAGAGUGAUGGUCUGUUUGCUAGCUCCCCUUUUUGCUUCAUCCAAGGAUGGCUGCUGCAGUUAGGUGACCCGUCAAGUGGAUUAUUCGUCGUCGCAAUCGCAGUCCAUACAUUUGCAACAGUCGUUGCUGGGAGAAAACUAUCAUACAGGCUGACUGUAAGCUGUAUCAUUGGGCUUUGGUGCUUCUGUCUUCUCCUUGUCUUGAUCCCAACUAUCAGACAUGGAAGGCGCACAUACGUUCCAUCUGGAGCAUGGUGUUGGAUUGAUGACGACUUCGAAGCCGAACGAUUUUGGGCCCAUUACCUCUGGGUCUUAUUCUCGGAAUUUGGCUCUAUCAUGCUUUACGCCAUCCUGUUCUUCUAUCUUCGGCGAAAAAUGAAAGCGUCGGCUGCGCUAGCCCGUGGGCAGAGGGAGAAUUUUGGCAGACUCAGUCGGGUCACAGGCUAUAUGGUUCUCUACCCCCUCGCAUAUCUUCUCCUCUCCCUCCCCAUUGCCGCAGCCCGAAUGGCAAGCAUGCAAGGAAAUAAUCCCUCGCUCACCUACCUUUGUGCUGCUGCUGCUAUUAUCGCUAGUUCUGGCACCGUCGACGUUAUCAUGUAUACAUUGACUCGCAAAGCACUGCUACUUGACUCUGAGUUAUCUCGGCCGUCUGAAAAGGGAGGCUCCGGCUCGAAUGGCCGUCAUAGCCAGAUAACGUCUACCGUCCCGGAUUCUCGGAAACCCAAGGGAUACGAGCUCAAGAAGUUGAACAAGAACAAUGGGAAGGGUCCAGCCUUUUUUGCCGAUCAAUCAACAGACGACAUCAUUGACCAGCUUGAGAAGGGUGGUUUUGGUAAAGUGUACCAACAGACCACGAUUGAAAUUACCCAUGAGCCUGCUGGAUUAGACAAUAAUGGACCACCUUCCUCCUCGACUUCUAUUGAUCAAGCUGUGAUUGCCAGGGGUCCCUCUCCCCAACCGGGUCAACCAUGGGGAGGCGAGUGGAAAUGA